AUGGCACCGAUGAAGUUGACCUACUUCGAUAUUGCCGCCCUGGGCGAACAACUCAGACUGGCGCUGGCACAAAGCGGGGUUGAAUGGAUCGACAACAGGGUGACGUUUGAGGAGUGGCCCACUCUCAAGCCGACUCUGCCGUAUCAACAGAUGCCAGUCUUGGAGGUAGAUGGAGCGGUAAUCCCUCAGACUUUCGCAAUUCUCCGCUACGUCGGGAAGAUGGGGGACUUGUACCCCACGGACCCCAUCCAAGCCGCUUUCGCCGACAGUGCUACUGACGCCGUAAACGACAUGCAUGGCCACAUGAGAGCCAUCUUUUUCGAGAAGGACGCGGACGCGAAGACGCAAUUGCUCAAGGACCUGGUCGAGAAACUUCUCCCACCGUGGCUGGCCAAUUUGGAGAAGGCGUUGAAGCUGGCUGGCGGCAAGUACUUCGCCGGCGACAAGCUCUCCAUCGGCGACAUCGCGGUUGUCGCACGGCUGAACUGGCUCACGGACGGUACCUUUGACGAGAGCGUCCCCUCGGCCAUCUUGGAAGAGUUCCCCCUCCUGUCCUCGCUCGUGCAGAGGGUCAUGGCCGAGCCGAGGAUCGUGGCGUACAUGGAGGAGCGACCGAAGAAGUAG